UUGGUGUCCAUUUAAAGAAUUAAUUUUUGCGACAUUAUGCGCAUCUUGCGACGGUGCAUGGUUUUGUCAUCACCACAAAGCCUCCUUACUCGCGUCUCACCACAUACUCGCUGAAUACUAGAAUGCAAAACGUUUCAAUUUUGUCAUUUUCAGAGGGAUGAUUGCUCGACUGAAGUGAAAUCAUUUCAAGACAGGAACUAUGUCAGCGCCUCGUUUUGCGCUGACAGCCGUGCUAAACGUGGGAUGUUGUACUACGCUGAUCUCCAGAGCUAACAUCGCAUUUAAGUGUUGAUAAAUUGAUUUUACUUCUGUUAAUUAAAAGUAAACAAGCUGAAAAAUAUCCAGACUGACGUGUCCGUGAGUUUGGGCGGAGCAUUUUGACGAGGAAAAUCGCACCGUGGAACCCUCACACCUAUCUAAAUAUAGCUGUCAUCUUACAGAGAAUGUGAGCUCGUGUAGGCCGGCAAUAUUGGAUAAGACUACAUCAAUUAUUACAGAUUAUCAAAUACUUCCGAGAAUGGUCAUUUUGAAAAUAGAGUAGGAUGUUUAGCAGCAAUAUCACCUAACCAUUUCUACAGGUUUGACCUGACUAUAUCGAGGUAUGGUUGAGAUGCACUUGUGAUGUUUGAAUGGUUAUAAGUGAGGUGUUACCCAGCUCAGCCCAUCACAGACUGUCCUGACUCAGAGCGGUCCAGAAGGGACGGUGAAUCACAUCCAACACAAACAACCAACUUUCACUCUUAUAUCUGAAACGACUCAUAUUGUCGUUGAAAUCACACAGGGGACUCCCAGUUAAGACAGACUCCUCUGAUAGGUGAGCCUGGUCACCAGGUUGACUCUGUGUUAGUCUCCAUGCCAAAGCUGUGCAUUGUGUCAAGCACAAUCUAGGUUGACAGUUGGAAGAUAAUGUCUAGGAGGGGAAACAAACCACGAGAUAAUUCUGCUGCAGCAAAACGUUUGGCGGACUACAUAGGCGAGACAGGUAACAUGCCAGUUGGAGGACCUCACAUGAUACCCCCUGGGUCAGGAUCUCCUGAGACGGAAGGCUCGGGGACAAGUUCUAAUGCCAGCCCUGCUGGACAGGAGACAAACAUUGAUGAACUGUCGUCAAGUUUAGAAGGCACUUCCCUGACAAACAGAGAGAACAGUAGAGAACAUGUCAAAAUGCAUGAAAAGAAGGGUAGCCUAGCCUCCAUGACGGUGGACCCUCCCAAACCAAAACAGGUCACAGUAACACCUCCAGGCCAGAACAAGCCAAAACCUGUAGGACCUGGCACAAAGAAAACUGUGAAGGCAGACUUGGAUGUUGCCAAAGAGUUCAACAAGUGUAAGGAAGAGGGUGCUCAAAGGCUGGAUCUCAGUAAAUCACAGAUAACUGUUCUGCCUAGUUCAGUCAAAGAGUUGACCCAGCUUGCGGAGUUCUACCUGUAUGGCAACCGGCUGGUGUCUUUACCUGCGGAGAUAGGUCACCUGACCAGCUUACAGACUCUGGCAUUGAGCGAGAACUCCCUCACCACACUACCAGACUCUCUGGAAAGUCUAGUGAAACUAAGGGUUCUGGAUUUAAGGCAUAACAAACUCAACGAGAUACCAGAUGUUGUGUACAAGUUGAGAUCCCUGCAAACUCUUUUCCUAAGGUUCAAUAGGAUCAAACACGUAGAUGAAGAUAUUUGUAAUUUGACUAGUUUAACUAUGUUAAGUUUGAGAGAAAACAAAAUCAAAGAUUUGCCUCGUGGUGUUGGCAAGCUCGUGAAUCUUGUAACCUUUGAUGUUUCUCAUAAUCAUCUGGAACACCUUCCUCUAGAAAUUGGUAAUUGUGUACAGUUAAGUUCGUUGGACCUGCAGCACAAUGAGUUGCUAGACAUCCCAGAAUCAAUAGGCCAUCUACGAUCCCUGACCAGAUUGGGCCUGAGGUAUAACCGUUUAUCAGGGCUACCUAAAUCACUGGCAAAUUGUGUUAAUCUGGAUGAGUUCAGCGUGGAAGGAAAUAACAUAUCUCAGUUGCCGGAGGGUCUGUUGUCAAGCCUGACUAACCUGACCAGUAUUACAUUAUCACGGAACAAUUGCCAGUCUUACCCAACAGGAGGGCCAUCACAGUUCUGCUCAGUAUAUUCAAUAAAUAUGGAGCACAAUCAGAUCAAUAAGAUACCCUUUGGGAUUUUUUCCCGGGCCAAUUGCUUGACCAAGUUGAACAUGAAGGAUAACCAGCUGACAUCUCUGCCAUUGGACAUUGGCACAUGGACAAACAUGGUGGAGCUGAACUUGGGUACAAACCAGUUGGCCAAAAUUCAAGAUGAUAUUCAAAACUUACAGAAGCUUGAGGUGUUAAUUCUUAGUAAUAAUCUGUUAAAGAGAUUACCAGCCAGUAUAGGCAACCUGAAGAAACUGAGAGUGCUAGAUUUGGAGGAAAAUAAAUUGGAAUCUUUACCAGCAGAAAUAGGAAGUCUGAGAGACUUGACAAAACUGGUUGUGCAGUCAAACCAGCUGACUAGUCUACCCAGGCAGAUCGGGUGCUUGACAAAUCUGCAAUAUUUAGGGGCUGGAGAGAACAACUUGACUUCUCUGCCAGUGGAAAUAGGUACUUUGGAGAAUUUGGAGUCUUUGUAUAUAAAUGAUAACCCGGAGUUGCACAGCUUGCCGUACGAGUUGGCCUUGUGCAGUAACCUACAGAUAAUGAGUAUAGAGAAUUGCCCGCUGAGUCAGAUCCCAACAGAAAUUGUGGCCAGAGGACCUUCUCUUGUGAUACAAUAUUUAAAACUUCAAGGUCCAUACUGUCAGAUGUAAGAAGCAGACACAGAAGGUCACUUUCAUCCUGAGAUGAGAACCCUUUCAGGGCAAAUCAACACUGGAUAACAGAAUCACUUUCAUCAUAGCAUUUAAUGUUGUUUACAAGUAGCUUGAUCUGUAUAUAUGACUCUAUGUUGAUUGUAUGGGUACCACUUGUCAUCGUCUACUCUAGAUAAUUGUCACCUUGAACAGUUUAGAAUGUCACAGUUGAGGUUGAAGAUUACACACACCUCACUCACAACAGCUUUCAUAAAGUCUGUCUAGACACCUGCUUGGGAUGUGCAGGCAUGAGGAUUUCGGAAUUGCUGGGAUUUCUUUGGUUCCAUGUACGUUUGAACUGGGAAACAGUGGGAAACGUUUUUUUGGUUCCCAACAAUUUCUGCUGUAUGAACUGAUUUACCUGUAAUAAUUUUUGUGUUAAUGGCAUUUCAUCAAAUACAUUUUGGUGUUUGGCAUUUCUUGCAGAUCUAAUUUUCAUUUACUUUUUGUAGUAAAAAUUACCAUAAUCACUCUUGUUUUUGUUAAAAAUUAAUGAACUGUCACUGAAUGAUUGAGGUAUUUGACUGCAAACUAAGGAAAAAGAAGGGAGAGAACUGAGUACUACAACUUUGCCAGUUUGAGUUUUCUCCCCUACCAGAAGCGUACAAUGCAUCAUACGUUAAAUACAACUUCCACAACAGCCUUACAAUCAGACGAAUCUCAGAAUUCAAAUUUCACAUGAAUCACAACUUCCUUGGUCAAGGACCUUGACUGGCUUUCUGUCCUACUUGUAAUUUAUCGGCUGUGCUACUUCCUGUCUAUCGUGGCAGAUAGCAUUGCAGGCUCGCUAUACAUAGAGAGAUUGAAAAAAGGCCCAGCAUUCACGAGACCACUCAUGGCAACAAAGUACAAGCGCCAAGCAACACCUUAGUCACAAUUUGAAGGCUCAUAACUCAAGCCUCCGGACUAUUAACUCUGUUCAGUGGUUGCUAAGCAAUACUGAGUGAGUAGCCAAGCCUUUUUUUGUGGGAAACGGAACGAUCGUUUCCAUGAAGUCCUCAUGCCUGUAGUUACAUCCUAGGACAUCCUAUGUGGGUGGUUUGUCUGACAUGCUGUCCGGGUGUUUGUUUGGCAUGUCAUCUGGCUGGUUUCUCUGACAUGCCGUUUGGGUGGUUUGUCUCACACAUCAUCUGGCUGGUUUGUCUGACAUGUCAUGUGGGUGGUUUGUCUGACAUGUCAUGUGGGUGGUUAGUCUGACAUGCCCUUUGGGUGGUUUGUGUGACAUGUCAUAUGAGUGGUUUGUGUGACGUGUUAUUCAAGUGGUUUGUGUGACACCCGGCCCGGGUGAUUUGUGUGACAUGCCAUCUGGGCCAUUUGUCUGCCAUGCCGUCUGGGUGGCUUGUGUGACACUUCGACUGGUUGGUUUGUCUGAAAUGUGGUCUGGGUGGUUUGUCUGACAUGCAGACUAGGUGGUUUGUCUGACAUGCCAUCAAGGUGGUUUGUGCAACAUGCCAUCGAAGUAGUUUGUAUGACAUGCCUUCUGGGUGGUUUGUGUCACAGGUCAUCUGUGGGUUUUUUUUGGACAAGUCAUUUGUCAUGUCAUCUGGGUGGUUUGUCUGAGAUGUCACCUAAGUCAUUUGACAUUUCUCUGGAAUUCUAACUGGGAACUUCGUCUGAUAUUGGUGUCCAGGCAGCACAUCAAACAUUUGGUCUUGGUAAACUAUCUCGAAUUUUGCUUGGGAACUUUGUUUCGUAUUCAGUUGAGAUGGUAUGUCUCACAUCCUGUCUUAGUAAUUUGACUACAAUUUUAUACGAGACGGGAAAUCCAAUAAGUUAGUAAGUCUGCCUUGAUGUUGCUAAAUGAGCUGUCCCAGAGUAUGGUUAUUUAUUAUUCCAAAGCCUUAGUCUGCAGGGUUUCUCUUCCCUUGCAGCACUAUGUAGUGGGUUUAAACCAAACUUUCCUGUCAUUACAGUAUUUCAUUACUUGCCCCAAGGCCAGGGACAGAAAUUGUGAAUGUGGGCAUACCUGUGAGAUAGUUGUCCAGACGAUUUUUGUCACUAGUAUCUUCACCGUACUAUUAAGGAAAGUUUAAUUCUAAGUAACAGAAACAAAAAUCAAGGUAGUGAUGUAGGUUCUAUUGUAUCUGUUCUUGGCAACAUCGAGAUAACAAAAAUUUUUUGGGUGCCAAAAGCUAUUUUAUAGCAGUUUCUUCAGGUUUCUGUCAACUCUACGCAAGCUUUAGGUGUUUUCAUGAGAGGGAUUACAAAAUCACAAGUACAAGUCUAUUACCAAAAAAAAAACAAAAAAAAAAACAAAACAAAAACCAAAAAAAAAAAAAAGCACAAACAUGCACUGGGUAUGUAUGUAAGUAUGUUGUAUCAUCAGCCAAAGUUUGUCUCUGUGCUAUUAAUUAAGAAGCAAAUGUACUCCAUUAAGAAUCUAUUAACCUUAUAUAAACAAUGUAAUAGUCAUGAGUUAGACUAUUGUCCUUCUGAAUAGAAGAACAUAAGGUUGUUGCAUCAUCAAAGGAUUGUCUGAUCCACAGGUAUAGGAAAGUGAAAUAUAGGUUUCUGAAUAUCGGUACAUGUACGUCAGUAGAGAGUGGAAUGUCCAUAAAGAAGUUCACUUUGAUGUCAUUACAUCAACAGCAAAAUUAUUAGUGUAUUAUUUGUCAUUACUAGCAUGUAUUCUUUCUUCAUUAAGUAAUUCAUCUACACUCUCAUUUGUGCUCAAAUUUUCCUUUGUAUCUCCAGUGUAUAUAACACUUUAAGUUCAGCAUUUACUUAAGUGAGUUCACGUAAGAAAAUAAGGUGACAGUGCCAUUGAGUAAGAGUAACCUGAAAUUUCUCCUUUGAUAAAUAGUGGUUUUGCCUGAUAAGUUUAUCUUGUGAGAGAAACAUAUGGUUUGUCAUGACUGCAGUUAGACACAGUAACUGCACUCAAGAAAUCCUUGAUUAGAACUGAUUGUACUGGGAGGUCCUGCAAUAGCAACUUGAAAUGGCACAGACAAAUCAAUUAUUUUCACAAAUUUUAAAAAGAUUGAUACCCAGUGAUGUUGAUAGACUGAUAGAGUCCCUGAUAACAAUUACUAUGGUCCUGUAACUAUGUUCACUGAUUGAAAGUGCAUAGAUUUUGAGGGAAAAACUCAAAGAUCCUUCGACAUGAAAUUUCUUGUUAAAUACUAACAAUGCUGCAUGUCCUAAUCUUGCUGAUUAAGAAACUAUUAUCACAUUCUGGGAUAAUUUCUGCUGUAAGGAAACUGGUGAAACUGCAGGCUAUUGAAUGGUUUAGAAGACAGGGUGUUGAAAAAAUUCCUCUUUAGAAUGUGGAAACUGGAAAUAUGUCUAUGACCAAAGUGCAAGUGGAAUUGGGUCAGCAGUAAAUAUGAUUCUAAAAUAUUGUUUUUACUGACAAGAAUUAUAAAGAAGCUAAGUUCAUCCAUGUAGACAAAUCUGUAUAUUUCAUUGAAAUUUCUGUGAACAUGUGGAAUGGGAUAAUUUGUUGUGAUCACAUGGUGUACGAGUGCUUAUGUCUGGAUGAAAGUAUUGGGAAAGAUUAUGGACCUGGGUAAGUGUUUGUGCUAAGGAAGAUCAAAUCUAAUGUGUUGACAGUUUUGCAUGUUGUAGCGACAACUUUUGAACAGUGGACAAAAUUGUUAUGUUGAUGGAUUUUUUUUACACUAAUUAAUAAAACCAAGUAAUUUUGUUCCGACAUCACGGCAAUGUGUUAAACAGGAGAAGAAUUUACCUUCUUGCCACAGCGUUCGUCUCCUGUGUUCUGUUUGGAAUUUGGAUCACUCACCAUAGUCUACUGUUUGAGCAUAACCUAGAGUAACAACAUGACCACAGCUUCUGUACAUCCCAUUGACACAGAGUUUCCAUAAUGUUAACUUUCAUUCCAGCAACUGUAAAUUUUAUUACCACUCCUCUGCCUGUUCUUAUCACAAUGCCUGUGGGAGGUCCAAGGAUGAUACUCCCAGUAUUCAACGCUUCUCUUUUUGAGAGAGAAGCACUUGGUGUACAUUAGUAAAGGUCUGUGGUAUACUCGCUCUUCCCAUCUCUCAGAUGGGAGAUCUGCACCAGCUAGUUGUACACGAAUAAUGUUGUCUGCUUCUGAUGGUGUACACUGCGCAUGUCCCAGACAGAGACAAGCUGUAAGCUCCAGGCUCUAAUGUUAUUGCAGUGUAGUACAGUAUCAGUGUUGGAAUGGCUGGUUCUCCAGCACUAUAUUUGUGAUAUGUAUUGGACGCGAAAUGUUUGUGGUUAGCAUUUCCUUAUGAACUGUACAUGUACAUCUAUAGAUAAAUACAUAUUUAUUCAUUGCUCUUCA